GGACGCUUUGGGAGCAAUCCCUUCUACACCGAUAGUCAGCUGGCUGCCUUACUUCCCCACGAGUACGCUCCGUUGUCAAGUGCGUUGGUGACAACCUGACCCUCAUUGACUGCUCGUUUGCGUCGCUCUCGGGUUGGCCAAACAGACUUGAUGGCCUGAGCAGCUUGUGCAUCAAAAGGACGUCGCAAGGACCACCGAUUGAGAGCCUCGCUGGAAUGCCGUCGAUACCCAAGCUAAGAUCACUCUCGCUCCCUGAUACCUUCGCGAGCUGCGAGGAUCUACCUCGGAAUACGAAUGAACUUGCCAAUCUCGACAUCUCCUCGUGCACCCGUAUCACCUCCCUCAACGGGCUUCCCUCAUUUCCAAACUUAUCAAGCCUGACACUCCCUCCAUUCAUAGAGAGCCUCGAAAGUCUUCCUCAGGCUCUUGAUCAACUAUACUGGCUCGAUCUGUCCGCCUGCAUUCACCUCAAAUCACUCAAGGGACUUCCUCCACUGCCAAGAGUAUCACAACUUCGGCUUCCUCCAUCCAUAGAGAGCCUCGAAGGCCUUCCUCCUGAUCUUGAUCGACUUCACUCGCUCGAUUUUUCCGCCUGCAUUCACCUCAGAUCGCUCAAGGGACUUCCUCCACUACCAAGAGUAUCGCAACUUGAACUUCCUCCAUCCAUAGAGAGCCUCGAAGGUCUUCCUCAGGUUCUUGAUCAACUCCACCACCUCAAUCUUUCCGCCUGCAUUCACCUCAAAUCACUCAGGGGACUUCCUCCACUGCGGAAUCUGUUACGCUUCCAAUUUCCUCCAUCCAUAGAGAGCCUCGAAGGCCUUCCUCCUGAUCUUGGUCGACUUUACUCGCUCGAUCUGUCCACCUGCAUUCACCUCAAAUCACUCAGGGGACUUCCUCCACUACCAAGUGUAUCACAACUCACACUUCCAAAGUUCGGUCGGAACCUGAACGAUCUCUCGGGCUGGGUCGACUGGCUCAAGGAGUCCCCAACAUGGAAUCGCUUGAUCGGAUCAAGUCAGCGGCUAGAGCGUGUGAUUCCUAAACUCCUCGAUCUGGACAUUGCACUGCCAAUCGGUGGAUUUGAUGCGCUCCGGGGGUCAUUCGGGGCUCUCAACUCACUUCGUAUCAACGUGGACGGAUCCGAGAAUGUAAUAAGCUCACUGCCGCUCAUGCCAAAGCUCACACGGCUGUCGAUUGCUGGGACUAUAAAGGACAUGAGCCAAUGGUGCGAGCCAACACGUCCAUCUACCGACGACAGUACGAAGCAAUGCGACGGGAUCGAAUCGCCGAUGGCCUCGAAAAUGCCGAACUUAAAUUUUCUGGUUCUUCCGGCGUCAAUCGAGUUGCUGGAUCAGAUCCCGACAGACCUCCAUUUGGCUCGUGAGCUGGAUCUGUCGGCAUGCGAACGGCUGCGAUCAGUCGGUGGUCUAUCACCGAUGAAGAAUCUGUGUCGUCUCAAGCUGCCAGCAUCGCUCAAAACGCUAAAGUCCAUGAAGCGUGAAUUGGCUUCGUCUCCGUCCUUGACAAUCAUCGCGCCUGGGCUCGAGACGGUGGAAGGCAUGCCGGCCGCCGGUCUGCUGAGAGACCUCCAACUCAAUGCGCCGAUUGUGACUCUGGAGGGAAUGUAUCCGAAUUAUCCGUCUCUCAGGAGGCUCAGUCUUACCUCUUGUUCGAAUCUCAAGUCCCUCACGGGCAUGCCUCAGAUGCCGAUGCUCGAGGUCUUGAGCUUGCCGUACUCGAUCGAAACUCUCAGAGGGAUGCCAACUGUCCAAGAAUCCAUUAAAACUUUGUCACUGAACAGAUGCGACAAACUAAAAUCUCUGGAAGGUCUUCCGAGCAUGCCGCGCCUCGUUGAACUGACCCUUCCCUCGAGCCUCGAGAGUCUGGAUAUCCCCUCAGUCAGUUUGAACCGCUUGGAGCGGCUUCAGAUGGCGUCAUGUUGUAAUUUGACGACGCUUGAGGGGUUUCCGCAAGUGCCACAGCUCAAAUUCCUUAGUCUUCCUUCAUCCGUCACCAGCUUCAAAGGACUCCCUUUGACGCUUGGGUCGCUCAGAACGUUGAUACUCGCGAAUAUGGAGAGCCUCGCCUCUCUGGAUGGGCUUCCGCAUAUGCCCAAGCUCAACCGAAUUGUGACGCCCGAGAAGCUCCGCAGCGCACCUAUCGUCGAGACACUCAGGGCCGCGAUCAGAGAAUACCGGCCAAAAGCUGUUAUUGUAUGAAGAAUUGCCAGAAGCUGCGAUGAGCAAUUGAAAGAUACACUAGUAGGUGGGAGUGACAGGGCUG